AGAGGGAGGGAGGGAGACAAGUUGGUUUCCUCCGUUAAUGAUUUCGCACGCCCCCUCUUACACCUCCCUCCCUCCUCCUCGGCGUCACCUUGCGGCGUUGCGUUGCCUCUCCUCCUCUUCGUCCUCCUCGCCAUCAUCAUCAUCAACAGCAGCAGCAGGAGCAGCUUCGGAGCCACGCUCAUUCCGUUCUGCACCCCUCCCCCCCUGGCUAUGGUGGUUGUUGCCAGCCUUUUCUUCUAGUCGCCGUCGUCAUCGUUGUCGUGGAUGGUCGCUUGUUUCCGCCGGCUUGUCAGGUCAGUGUCCGCGUGGAUACGGAGAUUGUGACCAGCCAGGCAGGCAGGCAGCCAGCAGGGUUAGGCAGGCUUUUGAGGAUCGAGAACCCCCUUGGAGUGGGGUGGGGUGGAUGGGAGGAGCGUCGACGGGGAAUUCGUCACCGAGUGUGUUAUGCUUGUUUUUCGGCGAUCUGGCGGGGAAGUGGGGAUUGGAGUGGAGUUGCGGUCGCGGUGUUAGUGCAGGGUGCCCUACAGUUUCGAGCUUGGAAUGGAUUUCUCUCGUGGGAUUAUAAGAAUCUAGACCUCUUUCUGCGGUUUGCGGUUCGAGCGUGCGACUUCGGUUAAAGAUUUUUUAGCUUGUAUCUGAACAUUCCGUGUACUUUUCAAGGCGUAUGCGCUUCUAGGGAGGCCUGAAAACUGGGUUGCGGAAGAGCAAUAGCGUAUUUGGUCGGUUGAGAGCUAUGUCAACCUGGGAUUCAUGGGGGUUAACGGGUCAGAUGCUAUGGAAGUACAGCGGAGGUAGUGUCUUUGCAGCUUAACCAGGAUACCGCGGCUUCAAGCUGGAACUUUUGCACUGCAAGGGUGUUCAUGCUUGGCAGCUCUAAGGUAGUCGCCAUGAACGGGGAGGCUAAGAAGUUCGUGAGGUUUCGGCCAUUAGAAUCUCAAGUAUCUAUGGGUUCGGAUCCCAAGACGCCACUUCGAUCAUCGUUUAGCGUUGACAGCUCCGGUGUGGCGACAGGGCGACGAGGUUGGCAGCGAAGCUCGAAGGGAUUCUUCAAGCUAGGCCAGUCUUUGAAGUUCAAGAGCUCGUCUCAGGAAUAUGAUGAGGACAUGCCCAAAGAUUUGCAGUGGAAAACCUUGGACCCUUCAAGCCCUUCGUUAUACAAAUGGAACACGUUCUUCCUUGUCUCUUGUUUGGUGGCCAUCUUCGUUGAUCCUCUCUUCUUUUACCUCCCCAAGGUGGACUACAGUAAUAGUUGCAUCAGGAUAUCUAGAGACCUGCAAGCGUCGGUAACUGUCUUCCGAACCAUCUCAGAUUUUUUCUACGUGGUUCAUAUGGUGCUCCGUUUCCGAACGGCGUUUGUUCGACCCUCAACUCGCGUGUUUGGACGUGGGGAACUUGUGACCGAUCCCCGGGAAAUUGCCAUCCGGUAUUUGAAAUUCGAUUUUUGGAUCGACUUUGUUGCAGUGUUGCCAAUUCCUCAGGUUGUUAUUUGGCUCGUGGUUCCACACGUGGAUGGUGUUACUUCGCUGAACAUAAAUACAAAAGAUGCUUUGCGGUACAUUGUGGUGUUUCAGUACGUGCCUCGUAUGUUGCGUAUCUUCCCUCUUCUGUCGAAAAUGAUCAACUCCACUGGCGUGCUUCUGGAGACUGCGUGGGCUGGGGCGGCAUUCAACUUGAUUUUGUACAUGCUCGCAAGCCACAUCCUAGGAGCAACUUGGUACCUGCUAUCCGUGGAGCGGCAAGAUACCUGUUGGACUGAUGUGUGCCUUCGCAAUGCGCCCGACAAGGCUUUGUGUCGCAGAGAAAUUUUUGAUUGCGCCUGGCAAGGCGCGGCAGUGAAUGCUUGGUAUGGAAACUUCACCACUGAUUCGAACGUAUUUUGCAAUUACAUUGCAGUGCCUAUGGGUGCAGACACGUUCAAUUAUGGGAUCUACAACAAUGCCAUAAGCAAUACUAUCUCGUCAAGCGACCUUGCUUUUUCCCAGACCUAUUUCUUCUGCUUGUGGCAGGGCUUGCUAGCUCUUAGUUCGUUGUCCCAGACCUUGAACGUGAGUACAUUUGUAGGGGAAAUCAUCUUUACCAUAAUAAUUAUCAUCGUCGGCUUGUUCCUAUUUGCCUUCUUGAUCGGCAACAUGCAGACAUACUUGCAAUCGUUGACACUUAGGCUGGAGGAAAUGCGAGUGAAACGUCGAGAUACUGAGCAAUGGAUGCGUCAUCGCAAUCUUCCCCAUGAUAUAGUGCAGAGGGUCCGUCGCUAUGAUCAGUACAAGUGGGUGGCCACUCGGGGAGUGGACGAAGAAACGCUUGUGCAGAGUCUCCCCUCUGACUUACGUCGAGACAUCAAACGUCAUCUCUGUUUGCGACUUGUUCGCAAUGUGCCAUUCUGUGAUCAGAUGGACGAGAGUUUGCUCGACGCUAUGUGCGAGCGCCUGAGGCCCGCACUUUGUACCGAGGGCACACACAUCCUCCGAGAGGGCGAUCCAGUCAACGAAAUGUUUUUCGUUAUUCGUGGUGAACUGAAAAGUGAGACUACGAACGGAGGCCGAACUGGAUUUUACAACAAAGCAGUCCUCUCUAGUGGAGAUUUCUGUGGUGAAGAGCUACUCACCUGGGCUUUGGAUCCCAAACCCCAAAGUCAUCUCCCAACCUCCACGUCCAGCGUGAAGGCAUUGAAGGAGGUAGAAGCUUUCUCUUUGUCUUCAGAUGACUUGAAGUUUAUUGCCAGCCAGUUCCGACGACUUCACAGCAAACAACUGCAACACACUUUCAGGUAUUAUUCUAAUCACUGGCGUACAUGGGGAGCCUGCUUCAUCCAAGCGGCGUGGCGAAGAUACCAACGGCGACGGUUGGCGGAGCUUCGUCGCAAAGAGGAGGAUCAAUACUUGUCCCUGCAAGGGGAACCCACAGACAGGAUCAGUCUGGGGGCGACGAUCCUCGCCGGGAGGUUCGCGAAGAAUGCCAUGCGCGGAGUGCAACGGCUUCGAAGCAUGCACGCUGCAGAGCUUGCGCGAAUCUCCAACAUCCCCAAGCCUUCGGAGCCAGACUUUUCCCAAGACAAUUGAACGGCUUGAUUUGCGUAUUGUCACUGUUCUUACAGCACCCGAUUCUGCGUGGCUCUCUGGCUCCACAGGAUCCUCUUCUGCUAGUCCCUUGAACAAAAGCUACACUCGAUCAAUGUCAGUUGUAUCAGGCCUCCGAGAUUGUGUGUGUGGCGAAGGUUUCAUCUCAUCAAUCUUGUGAUUCUCUGAGCUCACGGUUAUGCGUGGAAUUGAAGUCUAGAUGUCGUUUUUCUUUGUGUCCUGCAAGGCUCGUCACUGUUUCUAGUUGGCCAGAAGACCAAGGGAGUUGCCUUGUGUGUACCAAUAGCAAUGCCAGGGAGAGAAUGCUUACUCCGUAUAAACUAGAACAAAGCUUAUCUAGAAAUUGUAUAGGGCUGGCGCCCGCCAUUUUCUUUUAUUACUAUCACCAUCCCCACAGUGCCGGUCCUCGAAGCGAGGCGUGGCAAUUCUUUUGGAGAUUCGCCGA